UGCGACACUUGUGUCUAGCUCGAAUGCGUCCAUCAUGCUGUACAUAUUAAGAUGCCAAUUUCUUCAUUGUUGCUUCUUGAAUCAGUUUCAAGAUCAGAGCAUCUUCGACUCCGCCUUUGUCUCUCUACUCAGCAGAGCUUGCUGGUUCAGCUUUGCGAUACUGCUUCUCAGCAGCUGGUGUCGCAACCUAGUCUCCGCCGUCCUUAAUACCACUACUUCUACUGCUACUUUCCACUAUACCUUCCCUCCAGUCUUCUGCGCCUUCGCUUCAUCGCAACAAUCCAUCGCUUCUUGCUCGAACUUCCGCUAUCAUGCCGACCACUAAGAACCCCGAGGCCACUAUCAAAAGGAGACGGGCUCAGAAGAGGAACCCUCUUGCCAACGAUGAGUCCGGCCGAAUGCACACAAGAUCGCGUUCAGGAUGCUAUACUUGCCGCCUUCGGAGAAAGAAAUGCGACGAGGCUCAUCCUUCAUGCCGCGCCUGCAUCAACCUCUGCGUGAAAUGCGAAUACAGCCGCCCGCAAUGGUGGGCAAAUGCAGAACAACGAAAGGUUCAGAAAGAAAGAAUCAAGAACAAGAUCAAGCAGACCAAGUUGGAUGAAAAAAACAAUGCGGUUGCUGGCCGACGAAACAGACCCAUGCCACUGCCAUUGAAUUCGCCCUAUGCUCCGGAAUACAACUUCAAUCGUCCUUUCUAUCCAGAAACUUACGAUCCCUUUGCGUCCCACCUACCAACCCCCGCUUUAGGACCAGCUCCCUACGGACAGUUCCCUCCAUAUGAAGUCGAUGUCAGGACAGAGCGUCAAUUAUUUGUGAAUGAUGUUCAGACUCGAGUUGACACAUCAUUCUCGACCUUCAACACCUUCGCACCUCCACAGCUUCAUGCCACCCUACCCCAUUUCCCCGAAAACGAGUGGAUUCCCCAGGCUCCGCCCUCCCAAGCCGCACAGUUUACCGGUGAAGCCGGCCCAUCCUUUGUGCCAUCGAACGCUCAGUCGUUUUCAGUUAUGCAAAUGAAUAUUGAAGUUGAUGAUUGCGAUCGUCCAUUGCUGAACCACUUCGUUGAUAAUGUACUCCGACUCAUUUUUCCAAUUGUGGAAGCUCAUCAAGGGGGCCACGAACGUGCUCAAGCCAUUCUCCACUCCUUGGAAUCCAACAAGUCUUACUUGCACUGUUGUCUCAGUGUGGCUGCUAUUCACUUGAAGAGCACAAUUGGCAUUGAAGGAGAAGCGAUCGACAGCGACAUUUUACGGCACCGCUUUGAAGCCGUUUCUCAGCUUUGCGCGGCUUUGAAUCAAGAUACUGAACACGAUAAGAUUCUAGAAGCAACACUUGCAAUGAUUUUCUUUCACUGUUCAGUGGGCGAACCGGAUGACUAUCUACCUGAUAUCGCAUGGAAUGACCAUUUCCAUGCAGCAAUCAGUUUGAUCAACAAACUUGAUCUACCAAACGCCUUGCUUCAGUGCACUACGCCUUUCGAACAACCGCCAUUUAAUAUGACUUUGGCGUCAUGGAUUGAUAUCCUAGGAGCUACCAUGCUUGGAAAAUCUCCACAAUUCGCGCACGCUUACCGUACUAAACACUUGAGUGGGACGCCUUCGGGCCUUCGAGAGCUAAUGGGGUGUGAUGAUCGGGUGAUGUAUCUCAUUUCUGAGAUCGCUUGUCUCGAUGCCUUGAGAUCAGAGGGUCUCGUUGACGACAUGGCCGUUUGCUCCCACGUAUCAGCGCUGGGACAACAACUCGAAUUUACGGAACAUCCUAACCCAACCCUGGAAAAUCCCUACAAUAAUAUCAAUGGUGCAAUCCGCCCUGACCAAUUGACCAAAAAUAUCACUACUGUCUUCCGCAUUGCCGCCCGGAUUUACCUGUGCAGCCUUGUGCCCGGAUUUGACCGACAUCAAGCCAGCAACAUUAACCUAGUCGAGGCUGUCACUCACGCACUACAGUUUAUUCCCAGUGGACCAAAUGGCUAUGACCGGUCAUUAGUCUGGCCACUGCUCAUCACUGGCGUCUAUUCAGACCCAUCAAGCUCAUUCCGCCAAAUCCUGAACGAACGAAUCGUGGCAAUGGGUGAUUAUUCGGAUUUUGGCAGCUUUGGGCGCGUAUACCGACUACUCCAGGAGGUUUGGCGGCUGAACGAUGACCCAAUUACACCGGUAUCAAUCGGUCAUUCCAACAAUCCGCAAAUGAAACAAGACAAUUUUAGUUCGCCUCCUCUCGGGACCCCUCCUAUGAGGGAGAUCAAAAAGAAUAACGUUCAUUGGAGGGAUGUCAUGCGACGAAAUGGAUGGAAGUACCUCCUCAUCUAGAGCACUUUUUAUAGUUUGCGCCAGUCGCAGAGUUACAAUUUCUUGUAAAUAUCACUGGUUCUUGAUCUGUGCGGAGUUUCAAGGUGUCUUGGUGAUCAAUUGGAGUUGGAUGUGGGUGAUACCUAUCGGAUUCGCGACUAUUUUUGUGGCUUUUGUUGGUUUUUUGUUUUUAAAAUUGUUACGGUGGAAAUUCAUGAUUUUCGACUAGUUCAAAAAUUCCAAUUUCUAUUUACGCUUCUAGCCGCUGUCUUAUUAACUGGAUCUGCAAGGAUUCUUGCUUAUAUAGAUAUCUACCCG